UUUCCGUCCAAACAUUUCCUCGUGGGAGCGGGCAGUGGUCCAUGUGACAAGGAAACAUUAUUAGAAACACGUCUAUUGUGAAGAUAAUUUAGUACUGGAUGCCUAUACUGGACAAAGAAAGCAUCUUCCCCGUGAACUAGAACAUAUUUUUGGGAUACGACCCCGAGCAAGUGAACUGCGUGAAAAGACCAAAUGGACUGAGCAGUGUACUAUAGGUCAUUUGUGGAGUUCGUGUUCUCGGUGGAGCCUUGAAAAUGAGUCGACCGAAGAUGUGGAAGAUUAUUAAUCUGCUUUUACUACUGACAACGAACGCCGUCUGCAUUUUGGCUGCCGCAUCGUACGACGACAAUGUCAUUGAGAAACAACACCGGGUCAUCAAUGAGAUGAAUCAAAACUUCAGCGCCUUGGAACAAGCCAGCGAAAAAUUGAUCGAUCUUGGUACGUUCGUGGGAAGGCACAAGGUUCCACCGAAAACGGUUAAAAUCACCAACACCGUAGCAGUGAAAGUUCCUGUACCAUAUCCUGUUAAGAUUCCGCAUCCGGUACCCAUUCCAAUUCCAGUCAACAAACCUGUCCCUGUUCCGGUGACAAAGAUUGUUCUUGUGAAAGAAACAUCUCCAACGAGUACAGUACCAAGCUACAGCACAACAGCACUCCAAAGUUUAUCAGCUACACCAACGGCUACUGCAUUUAGUAGCAGAUCGUCCGGGCCAACGGCAAGAUCUCAGUUUCUGUCAAAUGAACAAGACACUUCCCAAUCAGAAUAUAAUGAGCGCUUCCAAGAAUACGUGCGAUCCUAUCCAGUCCACUCCGUUUUCAAUGUUGGGACGGAUUACAAUCCUUACAUGGGAAACAGACUGGCCUUGACAAAACAAACUGUGUCUGCAUCAGAGCCGCAACAUUCGAAAUAUUAUGAACCAGAACAUGUUUACAGAGGCCGUAGCACUAACAUUCACAGCUCUCAUCCGAUUCCAUCAUCCCAAAGUGAUCAAGCCUCCCUUCAUGCAUAUCAUCAGUACGUUUCAACUGUUCAACCAGAAGAAGCACACUCGUCAGCUGACCGUGGCUACCAUAGGGUUCGUUCAACUCCAGAAACAGAAGUUAUUCCCCAUUCCUACAAAUAUCCCAAAUCAACGUAUUUUUCGAAAAGCUAUGAUAAAUACUCAACUCCAAAAUUUCCCAGACCCACUCAUUCACCUUUCCCCACCACUCCAACGUUUAGUACUAGCGAGCACUCAAAUGACCACGAAUAUCGUUUCGAAGGGCAACAUUAUGAAGAACAACACCCCAAACCUGCUCCCACAGCACAUCAUUUUCAGACAGUGAAGGAAUCAUAUCCGCACUACGAACAUCCUGAUUUUAAGCAAUAUCGCUACCAAAAACCUACUUCCGAAAGCCAUGGUGAUGAAUACUCCGAGAAACAACACUAUAAACAAGAGAAAUACCAAGAACACUACGAAAAACCGACUGCAAGCAGUUACACUAGUGACCACCAUGAAACAGAACAUAGAGAAUCUGAUGGAACUGGUGAUUCUGCCGCACAUUAUAGAGAAAAUGAAUAUCAAGCCAAUGCGGAACCAUACGAUGAACACGAGUCUCCUUCCCAGCAGUACGACUCUCACGAUCAAUAUAGCAAGCAAAUUCAUGCUCCAGAAACUUACUCCCACACUGAAACCAGAGAACCUCACUAUACUCCACAAGAAUAUAAAACAUACUAUGCCAACCCAUCUCCGGUUUCCGAAGCCCUCAGUUAUACAGAGGAAAGGGAACCAUCCCGCGACACAGAGCACAAACAGCACUACGAAAAACCUGAAAGUUACCGACCUAAACCUCACAAAAUACACAAAACUCGAUACUCUUCGAAACCUAAUACUAUCGAGUACAACUUUCCCAGUGAUUCCCACUUGCACCCGUCCUAUUCCGAAUCUCCUUCACCGAAACAUAAAUCCCACCACUAUUACUCCUCAACUCCGGAACAUCCCUCCUUUGAUGAAAAUCACGAAUCCGAGGACAGGUACUACUACGUUUACCCGGAACACAGCCCAAGUCCUGCUUCGUCGUCACAUGAACCCACCUACCACCAUGCGGCAGCGAACGAAGAAAACUAUCAUCAGCAGUCCUACCACGAAGCACACCAUCGACAUGAGCGCGAAUCGGGGGCGGACAUGAUGGCAUCAUCAUCGACCGACCAUGAAGCCUACGAGCGAGCUGUCGAACGCGAUCAUCGGAAGGCACAUUCCGACAAAAAUGUCGAGUACAGCCACGAGCACCUGCAUCACCAUCAUCGACCAACCACGGACGGAAGGAAAUAUUAGCCCGCGGGGCAAACCAGUUUCCUGCCGACUGUGAUUUAACCGACGUCUCGUACCUUAUUAUACAUACCGUACGUCAAUUGCACUAUUUAUUAUUUUUAUGCGUAAGCCGCUCAAACAAAAAUGCGCUUCAUAUCUCGCCUUCUUCACCGUGUGACUUGUGAAGAAAUUUGCCAGAUUUUAGACUCGAUAUCGCUUUUUUCUUCGAUAGGACAUUACUAACGAUUGUGGUGUGUAGUUUGGGAGAAUAGGGCAUCAACGCGCAAUAUGUACUGUUAACUAGUUGAUUAGCCAUGUGCGAGAAUGUAAUCACAAAGUGUACGAAUUUAGUUCGACAUGUAGUAUAAUAAAAUUUUAAUUUAU